GUGGCAUCAGAUGUAAUGGUCACAUCAUGUUGAAUUCUGAAAAGAUGUCAAAGUCAACUGGAAAUUUCAGAACCCUGCGCCAGGCUAUUGAAGAAUUCUCUGCCACUGCCACAAGAUUUUCUUUGGCUGAUGCUGGUGAUGGUGUCGACGAUGCAAAUUUUGUGUUUGAAACUGCAAAUGCUGCAAUUUUACGGCUGACAAAAGAGCUCACAUGGAUGGAAGAAGUUCUGGCUGCUGAAUCCUCUUUAAGAACAGGCCCUCCAUCUACAUAUGCUGAUAAAGUGUUUGAAAACGACAUGAACAUUGCUAUCAGAUUGACUGAAAAGGCAUACAAAGAUUGUAUGUUUAGGGAGGCACUUAAAAAUGGGUUUUACGACUUACAAGCUGCUCGAGAUGAGUAUAGACUCUCUUGUGGACAUGGCGGCAUGAACCAUGACUUGGUACUGACCUUUAUGGAUGUGCAGACACGCCUCAUUGAACCAGUCUGUCCCCAGUUUGCAGAAUAUGUUUGGAGGAAACUUUUGAAGAAGGAAGGUUCUGUGGUAUCAGCAGGCUGGCCAACAUCAGCUGAGCCAGAUUUGGUGCUCAAGAGUGCAAACAAAUAUUUGCAAGAUUCUAUUGUGUUAAUGCGAAAGCUUCUACAAAAACAACUCUUAGGUUCCAAGAAGGCUGGUAAGAAAGGUGCUCAAGUAACUGCAGUGCCAGAGGGGAAGUUAAGAGGCCUAGUAUAUGUGAAUGAGCAAUUUGAUGGAUGGAGAGCUCACUGCCUCGAGAUUCUGCAAAGCAAAUUUGACCAACAAACCCGUCGUUUUGCCCCAGAUGCAGAGAUACUUGCAGAACUAAGGGAGAUAUUGAAGAAGGAGGGACAAGCAGAUAACUUCAAACAAAUCCAGAAGCUUUGCAUGCCUUUCCUUAAAUUCAAGAAGGACGAGGCAAUAUCUAUUGGCACUCAGGCUCUAAAUUUGAGGUUGCCUUUUGCAGAGCUUGACGUCCUUCGGAGUAACAUGGACUUGAUCAAGCGACAACUUGGUCUUGAAGAGGUUGAAAUAUAUUCUGCAAGUAACCCUGACGAUGUUUCAAAAGCUGGUCCACAUGCUUCACUGCUGACGCAGAAUCCACCAUCUCCAGGCAGUCCAACCGCUAUCUUUGUGACCAGCACCUAGUGUCUGCCCUCCAGCCUACAAGUGUGGGAGAAGUUUCAACUACAAGCCAAGAGGUUGAAGGAUUGGGAGUUUGCAGAGAUUUUGGUAUUUUAUUAUGAGUUAGACUUAAUAGUUAAGUUUGUUGACUUCUUUGCUGAGUUUUUGUCUUUUAUUUCUGGUAUUGUGUGGUAAGACUGUUCUUUCUUAUCGAUACAACAAUAUUGCUCAUAUGUGCUACUUUUUUCUC